AUGAAGUACCUUUUGGUAGUAGGUGUUCUGUGCCUCGUGGCGCUGUGCGGCGCCGACGACGACCAGGCGGUCGCGGCCAGCAAGGGCCACCACCACGAGCACGGCGGCGGCCAUCACCACCACGAGCACCACCACCACGAGCACGGCGGCAAGGGCGGCAAGGGCCACCACAGCCACCACCACCACCACAAGGGCGACGAGGGCCACCACGGCAAGCACCACCACGAGGGCCACCAUCAUGAGCACGGCGGCGGCCACAAGAAGCACUGGGAUGAGCACGACCACCAUGGCGAGCACCACGAGCACGGCCACCACCACAAGGGAGGCAAGCACGGCCACCACGAACACCAUGACAAGGGAGAGCACGUCGACGGCUACCACAAGAAGCACCACAAGGACCACUUCCACAAGGACCACCACUUCCAUGACGGCCACCACCACGAGGGCAAGCACCACAAGUACGGUCACCACCACGGACACCACGAGAAGCACGGCGGCGGACACAAGAAGGGCGGCCACCACCACUCCGGACACCACGAGGGCCAUCACGGGCACCACCACCACCACGACAAGGGACACCACGACGAGGGCCACCACGGCCACAAGGGCCACCACGGCCACGAGGAGCACCACCACGGCCACCACGACCACGGCAAGAAGGGCGGCCACGAGGACCACAAGCACUGGGGCUUCCACCACGGCAAGCACUAA